UCCACAGUCUUCGCAGGGCCGGGCGCCACCACUGCUGACACGUCGCUGCUCUCGGCGCAGUCUCCCAUCCCCGCGAGCUACUCGGAGCGUCGGGGCCCGGCGUGUAGAGCGCCAUGGAGGGUCGCUGCCUGGUGGGCGCCGCCGCGGCGGCGGAGCUGGCCGGCUGAAGGCCCACGCGCGGGGCCGCGCGGCAUGAGGAGCCCCGGCGGGAGCGUACUCCAAGCGCUCUCCCGGGUCCUGCAGCCCGCCGCCCGCCCGAGCCGCGCCGAGCGGCCGCCGGGCGGCUGGGCCUGGCCCCGGGCGGCGGGCGGGGCGAGUGCGGAAGACCGCCUUCCCCGCGGGGGCGGGGCGCACGCGGCGGCGGCGGCGGCGGCAGCGGCGGCCUCCGCGGCCUCGGGCGCCCUGCUCGGCGCCUAUCUGGAGCGCCACGGUCCGGCCUCGGAGUUGCCGGCGCCGGGCGGGGCCUUGGCGGGCGGUCCCGGGAGCGGCGGCGGCGGCGGCGGCAGCGCGGUGGUCGGGGUGGCCGAGGUGAGAAACUGGCGUUGCUGCUGCCUCGGCAGCACCUGUUGGUGCCGGAGCCUCGUGCUGGUCUGCGUGCUGGCCGCCCUGUGCUUCGCUUCACUGGCCCUGGUCCGCCGCUACCUGCAGCACCUCCUGCUCUGGGUAGAGAGCCUCGACUCCCUCCUUGGGGUCCUGCUGUUCGUCGUGGGCUUCAUCGUGGUCUCCUUCCCCUGCGGCUGGGGUUACAUUGUGCUCAACGUGGCCGCUGGCUACCUGUACGGUUUUGUCUUGGGCAUGGGGCUGAUGGUGGUGGGCGUCCUCAUCGGCACCUUCAUCGCCCAUGUGGUCUGCAAGCGGCUGCUGGCCGCCUGGGUGGCCGCCAAGAUCCAGAGCAGCGAGAAGCUGAGUGCCGUUAUCCGCGUGGUGGAGGGAGGAAGCGGCCUGAAGGUGGUGGCGCUGGCCAGACUCACCCCCAUACCUUUUGGGCUUCAGAAUGCAGUGUUUUCGAUUACUGAUCUGUCAUUACCCAACUAUCUGAUGGCAUCUUCAGUUGGACUGCUUCCUACCCAGCUUCUGAAUUCUUACCUGGGUACCACCCUGCGGACAAUGGAAGAUGUCAUUGCAGAACAGAGUGUUAGUGGAUAUUUUGUUUUUUGUUUACAGAUUAUUAUAAGUAUAGGCCUCAUGUUUUAUGUAGUUCAUCGAGCUCAAGUGGAAUUGAAUGCAGCUAUUGUAGCUUGUGAAAUGGAACUGAAAACUUCUCUAGUUAAAGGCAGUCAACCAAAUACCAGUGGCUCUUCAUUCUACAACAAGCGGACCCUAACAUUUCCUGGAGGUGGAAUCAAUAUCGUAUGAUUCUCAUGAAAUGUGUGAUUGCCAAGAGCCUGUGUCCUGUCCAGAGGUUAGCAGUCAUGUCUAGUGGGCAGAGACAAGUUCAAUUUGUAUUACGGCACAAACAAAACUGACUAGUUUUUAAAUUGCACAGUUUUUUUUAAAGCAAAAAUCCUUUUCUGGAUAUGUAAUUGUAGUUGCAAUUUUGGCUGCACUUCUUUAUCAUGCCUGUAAUGGCCUCUAGGUCUGCACUUUAGUGUCUUUUAAUUGUUUGGUUGGUGGGGACUUGCAAACAGAGAAAUUGCCCAAAUAUUUUUUCCACUUAGUGCUUUUAUUUAUGAGGUCCAUAAAUAGUUUUCUGCAUCUGUUUUACUUAUAGGUUUAAAUGUGUACUGUUUUUGGAUGAUCUUUUUUAGGAAGCUUGUCCAGAAGGGAAAAAGAGUGUUGUGUCUGCUUGUUUCAUUGAUUUAAGUGGGUCCACUUUGUUUCCCUUUCUUUGCGUGCUUGUUAGAAAACACAUUGACUUUCAGUUGAACGUAUUUCUGCAAGCAUCACAUUAUUGCAGGGCCAUUUACACGUUUUCAUACAAGCUUAAAUCCUACAUGUGGGACUGAAGUGCUCUUAAGAUACCUUUUCAUUUUCACUGUGUAAUAUGCAAAGCAGAAAGGAAAUUGUUUAGUGGGUGGUGGCUCAAAGUGAAAAUGCCCACCCAUUCUAAUUUGAUUACAUUGGCUUUACCUUUGUCAGAUCCCUCAUCAAAGGGCUGUCCAUUGCAAUCCUACUAAAAUAUUUUAUUAAGAUGAACUUUUUCAUUUUUAUAUUAAUAAUUAGGCUUUGAAAUAAAGAUAUUAUUCCUUUAAAAUGGUGGGCUUGCCAUCAUUGAAGUCGUCACUCAGGUGGCCUUGUUUCAUCAAAACGCCUUUUUUAAAGAAACAAGCUUUAAACUCAUGUUUAUUGUUUCAUUGAAGUACUUAGAUAUUUGUCCCCAUAGUCUUCAGCUUUAAAACUAAAUGCAACAGUAAUUUAAUGCCCAGACGUGUAUUAUUUACCCUACUAUAAGUAAGUUUGUUUUGUUUUUUGGUACUUGUUUUUCUCUGAUAAGACUCAGGAAUUCUGAAAUGUGAAAUUAAGUGUCUCAGUUAUUUCUUUUGUAGCAUGCAUAAAAGUGUAUUUAUUAAUAGCACUUAGAAUUAUAGGAUAAAACACAGCAUAUGAUUUGUAUGACAUGUAUUCAUUGAUCACAUUUAUUUUUAAAGUAGUUUGUGACUUUAAUGAGUAGAUGUUUUACAAAUGGGCUCCAGAUAUUAGUAUAAAUUUUCUGCUAGGUAUCUCUUUUUUGGUAUAAAUACUCCAACUUAUCAGAGACUUCUCAUUGCCUUUCCUUAGGGUAAAACCUUUGCCCUGAUUUGUUAAAAUGUAAAAGAAUUCUUGGAAGCAGGUUAUUCUCAUCUUAUGCUAGAGAUGAAUUUGAUCUUUUUAAUACAUAAGAUGUUUUGCCCUGUACAGAUUGUUUUCCUUUCUUAACAGUCCAUCAGUUCUCUUAGCUGUGAGCAGCAGCAGACUUGAGUGUAAAUAGGAUGAGGUACCUAGGUCUGAAGUAUGUGACAGACCCACAAUUUUCCACUGUUACAGAAAAAUCCCAUGUAGUAUUGGAAUAUUCUCUUAUGGCUUCUGCUUUUUUUUUUUUAAUGAUUAUGUUUAACAAUCUCAAUAAACAUCUGAUUUAUUCUUUCACA